AUGAACGUAAACUAUUGCAGUCCUAAUUUCCAAUUUGAGAAUAGACCUCCUCUCAAAGAUUACACCUCUAAUAUUGAUAAUAUUAAAUAAGCCAAAAAUAGAAUCGCCGAGCUUCAAAACAUAAUCCAUGAGUUAAAUAAAUCUAAUGGAAAAAGGUCUGUCUCUCCAUUAGCAAAAAGUCCUGUUAAAGUCAAUGCUCCAAUUGAGUACCACGGUACUUCCAAAAAGCAAAGUCCAAGAUUUUAAACCCCUGAAACAAAACCAAGAGAAAUAAGAGUUGUAAGUGAGAAUGUCAAAAUGCAAACAGAAAACUUUAUCGAACAAGGAAUCUUACAAGGUGUAUUGCCUGACCAUUUACUUGAAAAGUCAAUUGAAAAUUACACCUUAUCCAAAGUACUUGGAUUAGGUUCCUAUGCCAUUGUAAGAUUGGCAUAAAAAGGAUCAAUGUUUUGUGCUAUUAAAACAUAUGAAAAGGUUAAAAUUAAUGAUUAACAAAAACGUAAGAAUGUUUGUAGAGAAGUGAAGAUAUUAUCUAAAUUAAGACAUCUCAACAUCAUCAAAUUGGUUGGAGCCUGUGAAACCCAAGUACAAUUGCAUGUCAUUAUGGAAUAUUACAGUGCAACUUCUUUAAAUUCUUUCAUUAAAUAGCAACCCCAAAAGAAACUUGAUGAAGAUUAAGCCAAAUACAUCUUCAUCUAACUUGUAGAUGCCUUAAAAUACUGCCAUCACAAAAGUGUAGUGCAUAGAGAUCUUAAAUUGGAGAAUAUUCUUAUUGAUCCAUUGAAUAACAAAAUUAAAAUUAUUGAUUUUGGAUUUUCAAUAGCUAUUGACCCUUCCAGUAAACUUAACAUAUUUUGUGGUACUCCAUCAUAUAUGGCACCUGAAAUAGUUAAUAAAUCAACCUAUAGUUUCCCUGCUGAUGUUUGGGCUUUGGGGAUAUUGCUUUUCAAAAUGACCACAGGACAAUUUCCAUUUCGAGGAAACGAUGACAAAGAUUUAUAUAAAUCAAUAAAUAAUGGAAAGAUAGAUUAUCCUUAAACUAUGUCUAUCCAAUUAAAAAGUUUAAUCAAAAAAAUCUUGAAUACUAACUAAAAUGAGCGACCUUCAGUCAAGGAGGUAGCUUUAGAUGAAUGGCUUUAAUGA